AUGAAGUGCUCUAAUAUUACAAAGAUUGUUGGAACUGGCUCACUUGGAAUUGCAACAGGCGUCCUUGGGUAUGCAUGCUUACGCGGAAUCGACAACCUUGUCACGUUGAUCGAUAACAACAAACUGGACCAACGAAUGCGAAGGUUAGUAGGACGCGUUCUUAGAUCCACACGGUACAUUGUUGCCAUAUGCAUGACUACUGGAUCUUAUCUGCUAGUAGAAACUUUCAGAAGAUCACCUGCCAGUGCUCGACACUUAUACCUGAUUUAUGCCAGUCUUGGUCUUCCUACGCUUGCACUUUACUACGGGUGGAAUGUUUGGCCUCUGGAAACAACUAUUCUAAAGAAACUUUCACGAAGUCAAAAUGGCUCACCACUGCAACAAAAGAAACAAGACAUUACUGAAAGAUCUUCUUUAGAUGGGUCAGCCUAUGUUUCUGUAGAAGGAGAAUUGAUGGAAGAUAAUGUCGAAGAUGAAGUGGAGUGGGCGAUUGAACGGAAUCAAGUUCGAAAUAGCCUAACAAAGCUAGGUAAAUUAUAUGCUAAGGGAACUUUGCUUUCUGGCCUAAGUUUUUGUUUAGCUCUUGUCGGGAUUCUAGGGGAAGUACUGUAA